GUUUUUUGGUUUUUUCAAAAAAAGGGCAAAAUAGUCAUUUAGGUCGGUGAUAAAAUCUAAUUCCUCCUCCGCCACCAGCACAGCCUAUAAUCUCCGACUAGGUUUUCUAUUCCACAGCGUUCCGUUUAACCCUUUAGAUAGCUUUUGCAUUUUGUUCUUCAAUUAUUCUUCCACUAUCUCCGGCGUAUCUCCGGCAUACCUCCGGCGACCUACUUGGCUUGCCCUGUGCGCUUUCGGAAGAGGGUGGCACUAUGCAUCUGCUUCGUAUAAUCCUCAUGAUAGUAUGAAAGCCUUGGUACUUUCCUAGAAAGUUGGAAUUCUUUAUCUGAAGAAAUCAUAGAAAGCAGCAUGAGCAGAUCCAGUCACCAUAAAUUGAAAUAUCAAAUCAAAAGUGAGGUAUCCCUGGUGCAUUGUAACGAGGGUACUUCUGCUCGAACGAGGCCAUUUAGUUUUGAGGACAUAAUGCUUAGAAGGAAGAGCAAGAAAGCUGGUGAGCUUCAUGGUGCUUUGGGAGACUCUGAAACUAGGGAUUUCAAUAUUGAGACUUCUUUAGAUGUUUCGGAAACAGAUGCGGAUAGAAAUUGUCAAUCUUUUGGUGGAGGUUCAAGGUCUCCUACCGAGGAUUUAGGGAGGUUCAGUUCAAAGAGUAGAGAGCUUAAUUUACAUGGAGUUGAGCAAGGAAAACUAGAAAAGCAAAAGGAUAAAUCUAGAGAAGAGCAGAACCUCAAAACCAAAUCAAAUACCACUUUAACGAAAGAUCUUAGUCGUAAGGACACCCCUAGAGGCAAAGCCAAUAGAGAUGUACAGAAUAGGAAGAGAAGUGAUCGUACAGAUGAAGACUUUAGAGAUAAAUCUGGUCAGAAGCGUUUUAGAGAUCGUAGCCGCAAUGAGAUAUCUGGAGGAAAGACUCAUGGUAAAUCUGUAAAUGAAAGAGUAGAUAAGCAAGGUAUUGAUGGCGACAACAAACGUAUUUACAGCAGGGGAAGAGAUAUUGACCAGUCAAGGCAUGAGUAUGAAAAUGAACCAAAUAAGAAAAAAGCUUCAGAUCGGACAGAUAAAUAUGCAGAUACGGGUAGACGAGUAUUAGAUGAAGACAGCAGGAGAAAACAUCAAGUUGAAGGCAAAGAGAAGACACGAAACUCCCAUGUUAGCGAGCAUGAUAUGCACAAAUCAUCAGAGGUCCUGGAAAGGAAAGAAACAGGCCCAUCAAUAAAUCAUCAUGAAGAAUCAAGGCGGAAAAGGAGGUCAGGAAGCAGAGAACAUAAUAAAGACAGAAGCAGGAGAUCUUCUUCUCUUUCACCAAGAACACGUAAGCGCAUGUCACUUAGUGACAAGUCCUAUUCUUCUAAAGAUAAAUAUCAAAAACAACAUUUUGAUACUGAAAGGAGGAUAUCGAGCAAUGGCUCAGAUGGCAAUCAAAGAAGGUAUUGUGGUUCUUCUAGUGGGCUUGGUGGCUAUUCACCGAGAAAGAGGAAAACUGAGGCUGCUGCUAAGACUCCUUCCCCUGCUAAUCGCUCGCCAGAACAUAGAACUGCUGGCUGGGACCAUCCAGCUACUCGAAAGGAGGGGGGCAUUAAUAGCUCUUCUGCCUCUGAUGUGCAGUCAGCAAGCCAAGCUGCUAAAGGUUAUGGUGCAAAUCUUGCCAGUAUGAUUCUUGACACUUCAGUUGUAGUGAAGCCUGGUUUAAAUUUGCAGUACACGCCAUCUUCUCAGAUUAAUGCAAUUGAUUCCAUACAAUUAACUCAAGCAACAAGGCCACUGAGAAGGCUUUAUGUAGAAAAUUUACCGUCUACCGCAUCAGAGAAAACUGUUCUUGAAUGUGUCAAUAACUUCCUUCUCUCUUCAGGUGUAAACCAUAUUAAAGGAACUCUCCCCUGUAUUAGUUGCAUGAUAAACAAGGAGAAGAACCAAGCUCUUCUUGAAUUCCUAACACCCGAAGAUGCAUCAGCAGCACUUUCUAUGGAUGGCAAAUUGUUUUGUGGGUCUCUACUAAAGAUUAGGCGGCCCAAGGACUUCAUUGAACCAACUACUGCCGUUCAUGCCAACACCGUGAAUGAAACUCAUUCGAUAAGUGACAAAGUUGAGGAUACAAGCCAUAAGAUAUUUAUUGGUGGAAUUUCAAAGCUGAUUUCGUCUAAAAUGCUUAUGAAGAUUGCUGAAUCAUUUGGAUCUUUGAAGGCAUUCCACUUUGUGCAUAAUGAGGGCAUUGAUGUACAUUAUGCCUUCCUUGAGUAUGUAGACCAUUUGAUUACUCAAAAAGCAUGCGCUGGUCUUAAUGGCCUGAAGUUGGGGGGACAAGUUCUGACUGUUGUACAGGCUACUCCAGAUAUUCCAUCAUUGGAGGAUGUUGAUCGGAGGCCUUUCUAUGGGAUCCCCGAGCAUGCAAAACCACUUUUGAAGUCACCUACCCCAGUUUUGAAGCUAAAAAAUAUGAUUCUGAAGGGAUCUCAAUGAUGUCUGAGACUGAACUGGAAGAGAUUAUAGAAGACGUUAAGUUGGAGUGUGCCAGGUUGGAAAACAGAAGAUCAAGUGAUAAACUUCUUGAAUUUGUUUUUCCAUUAUCUGUUUUAAAAAAUCCUUAAAAAUUGCUUCAUUUAUCAUCAAAUGUACUACAGGUUUGGUACUGUCAAAGCUGUCGAUGUCGUCAAAAGCGUUAAUGAUUGCAUCAAUGGGAAAGCAUCUGCUACAAUUGUUUCGGGUGUUGCUGAUGUGAAUCACAAAUACAAUUCGGAAAUGGGACAAGAAAGUAGUACCCAUGACCUUGUAAAAGAUAAUGUAUCAAAGCCCUACAACUGCAUCACACAGGAUGUGGGAGUUGAUGAAGCUGAUAAAAGAUGUGUGAUUUCGGGUUUUGACCCAAUCAUAUCUGACAAAACUUUAAUCAGUUUCAAAGAAUCUGAUGAUACUAACAAGACUUCUUUUAGUAAUAAUAGCAUUGCUUCUGUUAAACUUAUGGACAAUGUGCUAGAAGACCAAAAUCAAUCAACUGAGGGCGAUAGGGAUGAGAACAAGACAGAGACUGCAUGCAAGGAAAUUGGUGAUCUCUGUUCCAGAAGACACACAAACGAGCUUGAGACAUCAACAGCUCAAUUGGUAGACAAUGGUGAUGUUCCUGAUGUUCGUCCAGCAGAGUCCUCAGAAAUGCAAAACAAUUUGGCUACUGCUGAGAGAUCAGCAUCGGAGGGAGUUGGAAGAUCAAGAGCUUCUGAACUGGAUGCCCAUCAUGCUUGUCAGGGUCAAAAUAAAGAACAAGACUCUUUCGAGGUUGGUUGUGUUCUGGUAGAGUUCAAGAGAGAAGAAUCUUCGUGCAUCGCAGCGCACUGUUUGCAUGGACGGCUUUAUGAUGAUCGGAUUGUGACUGUAGAGUACGUCGACCCCGAUCUUUACCAUAGGAGGUUUCCUAAACAAGUCUGAGUAGAUGUCAGUCAUGUUGGUCUUUCAUGUUUGAUUGUGGAGAUGACCUUACUGACAUUUGGAAACGUGUUACCAUUGACCUUCAUAGAUUGGAGCUAUUUUUUAGUGCUUUCAUUCUAUUUUUCGUGUUAGUAAUCCCUCCAUUCCAAAAUAAGUGUUAUUUUAGAAUUUGCACACUGUUUAAGAAACACGCAAAUAAGAUAGUUAAAUUACUAGAAUAUCUUUAACCAACUCUAUUGAAAUAAUGUUCCCCAAUAAUAUUACUUCUUUUGAGGGUAUAUUUGGAAAUUUUUGACCAAACAUGCGUUGAAAUCUGAAAACGACACUUAUUUUAGAAUUUUUCUAUUUUGCCAAAACGACAUUUAUUUUAGAAUGGAAGGAGUACUAAAAUGGAAAUAUAGUAGGAAUUCGAUACAUGUAAUGAAUAACCAUAGUAAAAGUUUAUUCAUCUGUUUUGGCAUCUAAGAGCAUCUCUAAUUAUUUUACUAUAAUUUGUACAAAGUUUAGUAUAAAAAUAAAAUAUUCUAAGAAUCUUUUUACAGCAAAGUUCUUUGAUCUCCAAUCUUGAUGCACCAAAUAGUUUAAAUAUUUAAUGUUUUAGGUUAAAUUUUAUUUUGU